AUGUCCACGCAAAGCUACAAAGCCCAGGACCCGUACAGUCUGGGCAGCUUGCCCGACAAAAUGGCCGUCUACCAGGAGUGCGUGCAGCAGUUCAACGCGCUGCCUGUCGACGCCAAAAAGUGCAGACAGCUCUUGGCCAAGAUGUUGAGAUUGAUCUAUCACGGCGUCACGUUCCCCGCCGAGGAGUCCACGAUGUUGUUUUUCUCGAUUUCCAAGUUGUUCCAGCACAAGGACUCGUCGUUGCGUCAAUUGGUGUACUUGGCCAUCAAAGAGCUUUCCGCCACGUCUCAGGAUGUGUUGAUGGUCACCUCGUCCAUCAUGAAGGAUAUCCAGCUGGGCGACUUGAUCUACAAGCCCAAUGCGGUGAGAUCGUUGUCCAAGGUUUUGGACGGGCUGACGGUGUCGUCCGCGGAGAGAUUGUUCCGCAACUGUAUGGUGGAUAAGAACCCGAUAGUGUCAUCUGCGGCAUUGAUUGCCUCGUAUAACUUGUUGCCUGUAGCUAAGGAUGUAGUGAAGCGUUUCGCGAACGAGGCGUUGGAGACCGUAAACUCGUACAAGCAGUUCCCAAGCAAUCAGUUCCAGUUGCACGAGUACUAUGGUACCUCCACAACCAACUUACCCUCCAACUCGUACAUGUACCAAUACCAUGCGUUGGGAUUGUUGUACGAGUUGAAGAGUCACGACAAGAUGUCCAUGAUGAAGCUCAUCACGUCUUUGCACGAGGGCUCGUCUUUGAAGAACUCGUUGUCGAUUAUCCAACUCAUAAGAUACAUCAACCGUGUGUUGCACGACGACCCCUCUUUGAUCACUCACUUGUAUCCUGUGUUGCAUAGCUUUUUGAAGCACAAGUCUGACAUGGUGGAGUUGGAGGCAUGUAAGACAUUGACCACCUUGCAGCAUUUGGUGAAGGACGACGAGUUCAUGAACGUGAUUCUCACCUUGCAGAAGUUGUUGAGCGUCCCCAGAUCUGCCACUAGAUUUGCAGCUGUGAGAUUGAUCAAUAAGAUCUCCUUGAAGCACCCAGAGAAGGUCCUCGUGGUCAACCUCGAAUUGGAAAACUUAAUCAAUGACCCAAACAGAUCCAUUUCAACCUUGGCCAUCACAACAUUAUUGAAGACCUUCGGUGUUGGAACUGUCGAGUCUACUAGCUCUGAGAGUGUGGACCGCUUGAUUCUGAAGAUGACCUCCUUGAUGGACGAAAUUACUGAAGACUUCAAGAUCGUGAUCAUCGAAGCCAUCGAGAGCUUGGCAUUGAAGUUCCCAUCCAAGCACAAGAAGUUGGUGGAAUUCCUCGAUGACUUGUUGAGGGAUGAUGGUUCGAUCAAGCUUAAGACAGCAAUUGUAGAGGCAUUGUUUGACUUGAUCAAGUUCUUGCCCGACGAGAACGCCAAGCAACUAAUCUUGAUGAACUUCUGUGAGUACAUCGAAGACUGCGAGUUCACUCUGUUGUUAGUCAGAAUCUUGCAUUUGUUGGGAGAUGAAGGUCCAAAGACCUCUCAACCUUCAUAUUAUAUCCGUCACAUUUACAACAGAUUGGUUUUGGAGAACUCUAUCAUCAGAUCUUCUGCAGUCAUCGCUUUGGCCAAGUUUGGUGCCUUGUGUGAUGAACCCUUGGCCUCGAAUGUGCGCACUUUAUUGACUAGAUCCUUGAAGGAUGUAGACGAUGAGGUUAGAGAUCGUGCCUCUGUUUCUUUGAGAUUCAUCGAUAGCAAACAACCAAGUCUCAUUGUCAAUGACUCAAGAUUCAACUUGGCUGCCUUGGAGGGCAAGUUGACUCAUUAUUUGAACAAUGAAGAUAACUUUUCUACCGGCUUCCAAAUCUCUGAGGUUCCACUUCUUACUCUUGACGAGCUCAAGUCUAUGGAGUACAAUGAGAAAUUGACCCAAUUAGAUAACAACGCUGAUGGCUCUGGAAGCAAGGACAAGAGUGAAAAGGGUACUCCAUCGGGUAACCAAGACGCCUCUAACGAUGAUGCAGCAGCAAAUGAGUACUUGAAACAGCAAGAGUACGCUGCCAGACUAGCUGAAGUUGAGGAAUUUGUUGAGUACGGUAAGCUCACAAAGUCUACCAUGACCCCUAUCUAUUUGACUGACAGAGAGAAUGAGUUCGUUGUGACUGUUGUCAAGCACUUUUUCGCAGAAACUAACAAGUUGGUUUUGGAGUAUGAAAUCACAAACACACUCUCACUGCUUGUGUUGCAAGAUAUUACCAUUGAUGUGGUUCCUGACAACGAAGCCUAUGAAGCCGAAUACAGCACUAAAUUGGCUGAAUUGAAGCCUCAACAAUCCGGCUCUGUGUACAACUCAUUCGGUGUACCUGGAAUUCUAGAAGAUGAUGUCUUGGCUGCUUUGGGUAACACUUUGAAGUAUAUCAGUAAGGACAUAAUCGAUGACGAGGGUGGAAUUGACCCAGCAGAUGAAGGUAUUCAAGAUGACUACGAGAUUGAGGACUUGGAAGUCUCGGCUGGUGACUUCAUGUUCCCUCUCUACAAACCAAACUUUACUGCUAUUUAUGAUCUGUUGCCUGAGGAAGAUAGCACUGUUGUCACUGUCAGCGGGGUUUCAACAAUUGAAAAUGCUGCCACAAAGCUCACCAAGACUUUGAGCUGUAUGGCAUUAGAUGGCACUGACUACGUUCCAUCCGACUCCACAUCUCAUAUUCUCAAGUUGUUGGCCAAAGAUUUGUGGGGUGGUAUUGUCGCAGUGCAGGUGAGAUUGGCCCUUAGAGGUGCCCAGGUGGUUGCAAAAAUCGAGGUCAAGGCCGAGACCGAAGGAAUGGCUGGAGUUGUUGCUUCUGGAGCCUACUAA